UCAAAGCAUUCCCCAACGCAUGUGGAGUGAUUAGGUGUCAACAACUUGUCAUUUUCAAGGACGAGUAGUAAACGGUUGAGUGCCAUAUGGACCAACAGUCUGAAACAUCAUUAGAUUCUGAGUUGAUGGAAAUUCAAAACCUUAAACGACUAUUGCGGAAAACCAAACAACAAGAACAGCAAUACAAUCAAGUUUAUUCUCCUAUAUCUUCCAAGGAACUUCAAAGUGAAAUGGACAUUCUUCUAUCAGAGACAAAAGAUCCUUUGACUGUAGAAACCAAUGAAAAUUCCAUUUGUCAUAUGGAAGUAUCAAAUACGACAACAUCAAAAACAGAAAGGAUGCUUGAAGAGGCAAAAAGUAAAUUGCAACGGGCAAGACUGCUACUGAGUGAGAUGCAACAAACUUCAACUGAAAAAACCAACACUUUAGAAACUAAAAGAAGGCUUAAAAAGGAUCAAAAUGAGGAUGAGCAACUUCAAUCCUCCAAAAAUUCAAAUCCAAGACUGCCAGUGCAAGUUCAGAUGGCAAUCAAUCGAAGCAACUAUAGCAGAUCAGGCGAACAAGUUAGCAAUGAAUCUCUCAAAAUGCGUCAAGUUAACCACAGAAAAGGAACUGAAAGCAACAUACAAUCCAUUACUGCGGAACCUCAUUACAACAAUGCUGCCUAUCUAAAAUGGUUUCAAGAGAUAUCGUCAGAGCUAAAGAAUACAGCUCAGUUAUUGAAAAAAUUAUAUAAGAGAGGGAAUGAUCACAAAGCAUUGUGCCAAUUGGAGUCAAAGAUGGAUCAAGUCUGGUCUUUCUUGAACGAUCAAAGUUUGCAGCAUCGUGAUGAAAACAACUCCAGUUGGUUUCGAGCCUAUCAAGAAUUAAAGGAAGAACAUGAAGAAGUUGUUCAACAACUGCAAGAAACGUAUGAUUCAUUUAGGAUAUUACAAGAGGAACAUUACCAACUACAAAAUCAGCAUCAAGAUUGUUAUCUUCAUUCUCAACAAACAGAAGAUAAAAUACAUUACUUGGAGGAACAGUUGGACAAGUUACAAGUCACCUUUUUGGAAAUGCAGAAUCAGAGAGACCAGUAUAUAGAAAAAUUACGAAAGAACAAGGAAGAAUUCAUGCAAGUUGAAAACUGUCUUGAUGAGCUUAUUCAGAUGAUCCAUUCUCUUUCACAAAAAGUGUUGACUCAAAACAGGUGCAGUGCCUUUCAGUCAGAUCAUCAUUCUCCUCUAAUAUGGGAAGAGGAAUGUUAUGAGCCAAGUGAAGAAAAGUAUGUAAGAGAGGAAUAUUCUAGUCAUACAGGAAAUGAAAAAUAUCACGGCUCCAUUUCUAGUGGGUCAUUGAAUACACAACAACGUUACCAAAAAAUAGAGUCGGUCCAGCCAACAAAGGGUUCCAAACAUCUAAAGUAUACGCAUAAAGAAACUACGUCCAUUCCUAUGACCUAUUCUGGGAAAUGUGUGCAGAGCCAUUCCGGAAGUCAUAGGCAAGUUUCAUCAUCCGUUCAAACUGCCAAAAAUGGUCAUCCAAAGCAGCAGCAUGAUGAUGAUGCGCGAACGAAACAUUCAAAGGCCCGGGCAAGGAGACAAGUGAAAGUCACUAAAAGUGACCAAGUUGAAGAAAACGUCGCUCAACUAUUGAAAGAUGAAGCACUUCAUUCCCGAGAGCUGGAAAACUUGGAAAGAUAUCUUGACCAAACAUUGUCUACUUUACGAAAUUUUCCAACUCGUACUAAAUAAAACAAACAUUGAGUACUGACACUAGUUGAAGUGUUCCA